ACUGGAGCGCCUUCCUUUCCCCGGGGCAAUCACACCGCGCGUCCCCCGCUCACGCCGGCAAGGCCCCGCCCCUCGCGCUGGUCGCCGGCGUGAGGCUGCGUUGGUUUGAAUUUGGAGCCUCGUUGCGCUGCGCGGAAUGAGCUGCGAGGAGUUGCCAUUCGAAUUUACUACGCGACCUCGAGGCGAUUGGCUGGUUCGCGGACAGCGGUGCGACGUGAUUGGCCAGUCGUCCACAAACCCCGAGCCUUGGUUGGCGUAAGACAGCGAGGAAGCGGGGAAGUUAAAGAGUCUGUGCCUUUGAGAGCUGCGGAGCUGAACCCCGGGGAGCACCCUGGCGUCUUCUCAGUUGGGGGGGCUCCCUUUUUUGCACACACUAGUCUCCUUUCUGUGCUAUGGGAGAUGUCAGAGAAUCAAAAAUGCAAAUAACACCAGAAACUCCAGGAAGAAUCCCUGUUCUAAAUCCCUUUGAAAGUCCUGGUGACUAUUGUAAUCUCCAUGAACAAACGCUCUCUAGUCCUUCCAUUUUUAAAUCAACGAAACUUCCAACUCCAGGGAAGUUUAGAUGGUCUAUUGAUCAACUAGCUGUCAUAAAUCCUGUAGAAAUAGACCCAGAGGACAUUCACCGUCAAGCUUUAUACUUAAGUCGUUCUCGACUAGAUAAAGAUGUGGAAGACAAAAGACAAAAAGCCAUUGAAGAGUUUUUCACGAAGGAUGUCAUUGUACCCUCUCCUUGGACUGAUCAUGAAGGAAAACAGCUUUCAGAAAAUCAUUCCAUUAAAUGUGUUAGCAUAAAUAAUGGAUCUCAAAUUGGGAAACAGGUGACCAUACAACCUGAGAAAAGCAAUGCUGCUUGUCAGACAUUGCUGUCUCUUCCUGUGGAUUUUAAUUUAGAAAGUGUAUUAGGUGACUAUUUCAGAGCAAAUGAACUUGCAGAUCAAUCUCCUGGUAACCUCAGUUCUUCAUCUCUUAGAAGAAAAUUAUUUUUAGAUGGCAAUGGAAGUAUCUCUGACUCCUUACCUUCUGCAUCUCCCAGGAGUCCUCAUAGUGGUACUCAAACUUCACUGGAGGUUUUUUAUUCAAUAGAUUUGUCUCCUGUACAGCAUAAGAGCCCUGUACAGACACCAAGUUCGGGGCAAUUUUCUUCUAGUCCUAUCCAGAGUAGUGCAAAAAAAUACAGUCUGGGAAGUAUAGCCAGUCCUUCACCUGUUUCUUCACCCACUUUCUCACCAAUUACAUUUCAAAUUGGAAAGACACCACUCUCAGAACAAAGGAAGUUGGCUUUGCAUUCUCCUGAUGCUUCAUCUGGAACAAAUCCUAAUGGGAUGAUUAAUCCGUGUAUCAGAAGUCCUUAUAUAGAUGGCUGCUCACCAAUCAAAAAUCGGUCUCCUAUGAAACUUGAGAUGUGUCAAGGUGGUACUCAGUAUCAGCCUUCUGUGAUUCGAAUACCAUUUACUCUAGAAGCUCACAGUGAAUAUGGAGACGAUAAAGCAAAUAUCCCUUCCACAGAUGCUUCAGCGCCCACAGUGGACACUGCUGGAGUACACCUGUGGCAAUUGAAUAGUGAUGCUUGUCCACAGGAGACACAUUUGGUAGUGACUGCCAUGUCCAUUAUGCAAAAUCAGUCCGGUGCUUCUGAGAAGGAAUUAGCAUUACUGCAGGAUGUUGGAAGUGAAAAGGAGAAUAAUACAGUGGACAUGGUCGAUCCUCUAGAGACAGCAGCAGAUGAAAAUACUUGGAUUAAGGAGCCAGUUGAUAAUGGGAGUUUACCCAUGACGGAUUUUGCAAGUGGGAUUGCCUUCAAUAUUGAGAACUCUCAUAUGUGCAUGUCACCUCUUGCAGAAAGCAGCGUCAUUCCUGGUGAAAAUAGUAACCUCCAGAUGAUGGACAGUGGCUAUAAUACACAAAAUUGUGGAAGCAAUAUUACCGAUACAGUGGGAACGGAAAGUUACUACAAAGAAAGUACAAGCCUUGGAAAUUGAGAAUAAACCCCAAGUUUUUCAUACAAAGAAGACCACACAACACAGAGAUGUUGGAUGAAAACGACAAAUCUUCCUCAGUGCAGCAGUCCAUAGAAUGUCCUUCUUAGAACCAAAGAACUGCAUGGGAAUCACAGUGAUUGUGACUCGGAAAAACUGCUUCAACUAUGCUUACCUUGAUUGCUUUCCCUCAAUGUGAAAAACCAACGGCUUAAUUUACUGCCAUGGAACAGCAUAGAAGUGUCCAGGACUUUCAACAAGUUGCUAAAGUCCAGGUUUAUUAUUUUUUUAUCAAUAAAUAUUUUUAUAUUUACCUUGAAGUGAUGUGAUUAGCAAUAAAACUGGAGAGCAACACCUUUGCUCUUAAUAUAGUCAGUGAACUACUUAAGUCUUCCGCAGCACUAAGUUUAACAAUAGUUCUAAGAACAAGUGGAUCUGUGAAGUCUUAUGUCGCACACAUGAAUUUAAAUUAUAACCUAUAUGAAAAAUACAUCUGCCUUAGAUAUAAAACAAACCUAAUGGAAGGUGAUGAUUAAGCACAUUUCCAGAAUUCUUCAUACUUGAUUUGUUCAUUUAUGUGUAGAAAUUAUUGCCAGUGAAAAGUAGUCUAAUCACUGCUUUAAGAAAUGUAGAUAUUAGCAAGGCAGUAUAAACUGCAUCCUAAUACUCUUAUUAGGGUGGGGCAUGCCUGGAGUUGAUCGUCAUUUAAUGUAUAGCCUAAACAUAGGAGAAGCAGGAUAAACCGGGGAGAUAGGUGAGAAUGGAAUUCCAAUAGGGCUUCAGAUCUAUGAAGAAUGGUUGAAGAGCUAUGUCUUUAUGUGGAAAAUUAAUUUAUGUUGGCAGGGAUAUAUGUAACAUUUUUAGAAAUAUUUUUUCUCCUUUGAAAAAUAUAAACAUGUUAUAAAUCUUUUAAAAAUUGUCUUUAUACUUGUGUUACAAAUCAUCUUUUAAAAAUUGUCAGACAAAAUGGGAGUCAGACAGUAGUGCAGCAGGUUAAGUGCAUGUGGCACAAAGCUCAAGGACCAGUGGAACGAUCCUGGUUCGAGCCCCCCGGUUCGAGCCCCCGACUCCCCACCUGCAGGGGAGUCGCUUCACAGGCGGUGAAGGAAGUCUGCAGGUGUCUUUCUCUCCCUCUUUCUGGCUUCCCCUCCUCUCUUCAUUUCUCUGUUCUAACAACAAUAUCAAUAACAACAAUACUCCAGCAACAAUAAAAAAAAGGGCAACAAAAGGGAAAAUAAAUAUAAAAGAAUUUUAAAAUACUGUCUCAGGAGAUUAGUAAUUCAUUUUAUAGCCCUCAAAAAUACAAAAAAUUACCACUGUGACAUCUAAUAAAUCUCUUAAAGUGAAAUAUUCUAAGCUGCUUCGAACUUUAGAACUGGCACUAGAAACACUUAAGAUUACCAAGAGGCUUUAUGGGUGGGUAAGUGAGGUAAUUUUUUACUACUCAAUGUGGACUAGUUGAUAAUUCAUGCUUUUCUGAAAAUAAGACACAAAAGAUUGGUCAUGUCCUUGUUUUAUCAAGAAGCCCGUCCUUUUUUUUUUUUUUCUACUCUACAGGUAAAAAUUGUAAUCUGUCUUUUUUAAAUGGCAUAGAUGAAGAGCUAAUCACUGUUUUGUGGCAUGCAAAUUAUGAAAUUAAACUUGUUUUCAUAAAUGUGGCUUUGUUGGAAA